GUCAAGGGUUCUGCAGGCAUUACCAUUUAUUUCUCCGGCUGGUCGCAACGUGCAGCUUGAUACAGCAAGAGAACCCAGUGCAUCACAGAAACAUGGAAAACCAUCAUUCCAGCACUAAAGCGAGAACAAAUUUAAGCCUCGUGACGCCGCCAUCCGGCAGCAUAGCAACAUUUUAUUCGAUUGCUGCCGAUCCUUACAGUAGUGCGACGGAUCCGGCAUUGCAAACUAUGGUCAAUAAUAAUACGUCGGGCCAUUCGUGUUCUGAGCUUUCAAACUCAUCGUUCGAUGUCGUGAUGGAACAAUCCAAGAGCAUCAGUACGUGCUCCGGCGUUGCGGCCCAUCCAGAUACCGGGAGCUUUGUGGAAUCUGUCGAUUCUUGUGGAACAACCGUCACGUCCAGCUGUGUACCGGUGGAGAACCGCCUCCCCACGACAUACCACCUAAACUCGCAAGGGCAUGUCACGGCAAAUGUUCUGUACAAAAGCGCGGAAACGUUUAAACGGCCCGAAGCUGGUGCUGAUGUAUCGCAAUGUUGGGCACUGAUCGAGUGGGAAACGUCAGACGAGGAACCGAACUCGUACACAGUGAUCGACUCAUCUCAAAUAAUCGAAGUUGCGCGCGAAAACAAUCAACCCGACGAGGAGAGCAAGUCACGCACGAGAGACUCUGGACUGUACACCGGGAAGUUGAUUCACGUGCUGCGGGGCAGAUACGUUAUGCCGGCAACGAUCGUGAUCAUAUCGGAGGACAGAAAGUUUCUCGAAACGGAGCUGCAGGAGCUGCGAAUUAUGGCCGCCAACAAUUUGAUUUCGAAAUCGGCCGUUUCCGCACAAACUUACCGAAGGCAAACCCUACCAACACACGCGCAGUAUGGCAGACCUGUGCAGAGUAGCGCAAAACAAAUGCAACCGAAACCCGGUCUCCCCUCAAGACAAUGCGUUGAGGCAGCGGAAAAUAUAAACAGUGCCAAACGACAGCGCUGCGAUUCUGGUUCAUCAAGCAUCACCGUGAGGGAUAGUGAGUCGAGGGUCUCAUCUGCAUCUGCCUCGAAUUCUGCAAGAGACGAAGGAGUUGCUGGGAAUCCCUUCCAUACGGACAGUACGUAUCACACGACAGUAGUACCACCAGCCAGAACGAUAGCCGCCCGGUUCCCUAGAAACGAUCAUGUCCCGGUCCAUGCUCCACCGAUGACGUUCGAUCAGCAAACGCAAACCACCGGUACGUCUGCUGAUGUCGGCACGUCCCAGGACGCAAACCUCGGGCGGAUUAUGUCGUACCUCGAGAGCAUCAUGGCGGAACAGAAGGGCUACCGGAUGGAGAGCGAAUACAAUCGCAAAAUGCUGCUCGAACUGCAGGAGAAAAUACUGGACCAACACGAAAUGCUCCGGAACGUUCAGAGCCAGCUAGCCAAACUGGAGCCUGUAGGUUCGCCGGUGAGAGUAUACUCACAAUCGAAGGAGAAUUCCCCGGCCAGUGUAGGCAUUACGCAGGUUGAACAAAGAUAUUCAUCUGACCCUGAUGUUGGGCUGGGUCCAAAUGGCAUGAUAAUAGACUCCUAUGAUACCACCACCACCAUCACCAACAACAAUCACAUCGUGCUAGAAUCCAGAACAGAACAUCAGCAGGACGGCAACAGCAACCAGAGCUGGACGUCCUCCAAGAUGGACGUGCUCGACACGCGCAAAAGCACCACUCCAUCCACCAUGGACGAUGCGUCGAAAAUAAUCUCCGAAUCGUCCAUUUUCAUCGAAGAGCUUGAAACCACGCACCACGAAAGCGCCCAAUCCACCUCAAACUGUGCAACGGAGGUGCAUGAUUUGAUAGAGAACGAUUGGAAUGAUUCGAUGCCGGAAAAUGAAGGCAGCGAGCAGCCGAAGCGGAAUGGCACCACCGCAUCCAACACAGCGAUGGUAGCGAUCGGCAGCAACAACACGAUGGUCUCCAAAUCCGUGCUGGACAAUAUCAAAUGGGUGAGCUACAAGUUUGCCACGCGAAAGCUCCUGCUGGCGGUGUUUCCACGCGAAGUGUUGGCAACACACUCGCUCAGCGGAAGACCCUGUCCGACGAUGAUAAACAGCACGGGAAAACCGGUGAAGCAGGCACUCGAUCCAAACAUUGUGGCGGACGUUGUGGAGCUCAUUACGAAAAAGUUCCCCGUCGAUGAAAGCAAUGUGCGGGCGGUGAUUACGAACAAAUGUGCGGACGAGAACAAAAUGCUGCAGAAAAGGAACGUAACCGCAGCGCCAGCAAAUGGCGGGAAAAGGAUAGCGCAUCGAACGAAGAAGUCGUGUAAUAAGGAAAAUCUGUCCUGAGCAGCAUGAGGUUGAAUAAUUUAUGUACUCUUUCCAAUCCUCAAUGCUGAGACCCAAGCACAUUACCAAAUAAAAGAUGAUUGGUAGACGGGUUCUGAUUACCACAGAUCUGUUCAAUUAAUAUAAUUAUUAAAAUCAA